AUGGCUCCGUUCUCCGAGAACUCACAACUCUGUGACAAGCUCACAAUAACCGCCGAUGGCCACUUGUCGAGGCGAAAGAGCAAUCCCAUUUCUUCAACUCAACAAUUGACAGAGAAGGAUCAUCUUCCUGGCGAGCCAAGGAUAAAAUUGGAGGAUGACCAUAUUGUCAAAACUCUCCAGUCCGAGUUCAUGACGCGUAACCUGGACAAACUUUCGCCAUUCCUUUGGCUGGUCGCCAAACAAGAUAGUACUCAUAUAUCAGCCCUCACCCACCAAAUCGUGAGAGGACGUGAAGUGAUUAUCACGGAAGAUCCGGGCCUCCAUCUGGUCUGGAUCUACGAUCGAGUCUUCAUCAAGCCAAUGCCCAAGUAUCUCUUAUCGCACGCAUUUUGGCAGUUUUACCUCGCCGACAGAAAUUCAAAGAUCCCAAAGUAUCAGCAACACAAGAUCGCUAAGGCAGUUCUCGGAUUCAUGCGCUCGUAUGCCUAUCUUAUACGCCAUAAAUCGGACUUCAUUCUUGCCACCAAUGAUAAUCACCGACUACUACCGAAAAAAAUCACAUAUUCAUCUUUCGUCAAGUUCAUUACUGCAUUUGAGGAGAUAUGUGACGAUUCUGUGUCUCCACGCUACAAAUUUGGCGAACUGCGUCUUUCCCGUCUGAACUUUUGGACCAAGAUUUUCUUCGGACGUCUCAUGUAUCACAAGGUGCAUGGGCAGUAUGGAGCGUAUUUUGCACGUUCCUACGGCACCUUACUGUUCAUCUUUGCAGUCUUCAGUGUUUUACUCAGUGCUAUGCAAGUGGCAUUAGCGGUUGUUCCACUUGAAGGUGGAUGGUCAGUGUUUGCAUAUACGUCUCGUGGAUUUGCGAUAUUCACGAUUAUCUGUGUGGCUUUGAUUAUAAUAUCUCUUCUCUCGGUUUUUAUUGUUCUUUCUUCGCGAGAGAUUCUUUAUGCCGUGAAUGAUCUCAUCUUGAAGCGGAGAACGAAGAAAGUUGGCAAUAGUGUGUGA